CAGAUGAGGCGAGCUACCUGACGGAUCUGCUCCAGGAGAAGGAGUCCAGUAUAGAGCAGAUGUCGCUCCAGAUCGAGGGUCUACAGGGAGAGCUGGAGAACCUGACUGAUUUCCAGAGCAAACUGCAGGAAGACUACGACACCGUUCAGACAAUGUUGGAGGAGAAGCAGAAAGAGAUCGAAAACCUCAGCAAAGAACUGGAGGAAGCAAGACCCAUGGGAGCCACGCCUGAACUGCAGCUGCAGUAUGAACAGCACAUUAUUGUCUUGGAGAAAGAAUUGAAAGAAAGACAAAAUAUAAUAGAUGAGAGAGAGGAAGAGCUGUAUGUGUUGAAUGAGCAAUUAGAGGAGAAGGAAGAAACCAAGAAGAGUAUGGAAGAUCUUCAGGGCAAGCUACAGCGUGCAACAGAAGAACUUGAUAGGAAGAAUGUAGAACUUCAACAAAGAGAACAAGAAAUAGAAGAGCUGCAGAAGAAGCUAUCUGAGGCUGUCAGGGAAGAGCCUGAGGCACCUGGUCAGGAUGAAGUUCAACAAUCUGAAGCAGAGUUGAACUUGAAGGUCCAGCAACUGGAGACUGAAAGAGAUCAACUAAUGGCCCAGUGCCAAGACACACAAGACAAACUAAAUAGAACUGUAUCAGAGUUGGGAGAUAAAGACCAACACAUUCAGCAGCUCCAAGCCCAGUUCCAAGAAACAAAGGACAAACUCAUUGUAGAGCUAAAAGAAAACGAGGACCACAUUCAACAACUGGUGUCACAAAACCAAGAGUCUAAAGACAACCUUGUUGCUGAGCUCGGAGAAAAAGAGCAUCAAAUUCAGGAGUACACAGCUCAGCUUGAAAAGGUGAAGAGUGAAUUAGGCCUGUCGAAACAGGUGGUGGAGGAUCUAAAAAGGAGCCACCACAGGGAGCUGACAUCUGUUGAGUCGAGGAGCAAAGAGGAUAUCCACAGUUUGCAUCAGAACCUUCUGGAAGCCAGAGCACAGCUGAGUGUCUACCAGGCGGGAGAUGCUGGGACCACAGCAAGAACUAUGGAACAGCGUCUGAAGGAACUACGCCAAGAGCUGACAUUGGAGCAUGAGCAACACUUAACUCUUGUGAAGCUGGCAGCAGAAAAAGACACUGCUGUCAAGUUACAAGAAUUAAAAGAGAAACUGGAAAGGGAGGUAGAGCAGUUACAAGAACAGCACCAGAGAGACUUGAAGAACGUUACCUCAGCGACACAUCAAGAGGUGCAGGAGGCACACGAGAACGAAAUCCGUGAACUUCGCACUGAGCAUGCUAGAGAGGUAGAACAGUUGCAGAAGAUGCUGGCUCCUGAUGCAUCCGUGACAGAACUGGCGAGACAAGUGGAGAAGGAGAUAGAGAAAGGGGAACAGCUUGACCAAAAUCUGCUGAGUCAUCUUGAACAGCAGCGACAGGCAGGCGUAGGGGGAGAUGGCAGCACUGACACCAGCAUGGCGGAGUCCAGUCAAGAGGAGAUACCUCCAAGACUAAGGAGCCUGUUAACUAAGCUCCAUGGUGAGGGUAUGGAGCUCCUGGCACUGUCGGAGAUCAAACCCCAGGGUCGUCACACACCACUGCAGGCAGACCUCGACACCCUGAGACUGGCAUGGGAGAAUGAGAGACAAAACCUGCUGUCUUCUAUACAGUCACUCAAAGAUUUACUUGCUCAAACUCAAAGACCCGAAUCACAAGCUUCAUCUGGAGGGGAGUCAGAUUGGAGGGCCAGCCUUAUCCAAGCCAUCAACUUUGUCUUCAGUAAGGAGCGAGAGGGGUUGCUGGCCGAACUGAGGACAUUUGUGGCCACGCACGGUGACCAGGGUCACUCAGAGAUACAGCAAAUGGAACAGAGGAUUAAAGAUGUGGAUGCUCGUCACAAGUCUGCCAUGGACCAGAUAUUCAGCGCAGACAGGCAGUCCCUGCUGGCAGAGGUACGAGACCUACAAGCACAUGUCAGCAUCAUACGCCUGGGUCACCAAGAGGAGAAAGAGAGGCUGGCCGAGCAACUCCGCCAUGCUGAGGGUCAGCUGACCAAGAGGGAGAGGCAGUUGAAGAGACAGCUGGAAAUGUUAGAAUACAAGCUCCAGCAGGAGAAGGUGAUCUGCGACGAUGUCCGCUCCAGUCUGGAGAUGGAGAAGAAUCGCACCCUGGAGCUGUCAGGACAACUGAGCAGAGAGAAGAGUAACUGCGUAGAUCUCCAGCUGGAGCUGUCCGAGGCUCUUUCCCAUCUCUCCAAGCUGAAAGAUACGGUAGAUAGUCAGCAGAUCAAACACGCCUCUGUGCUCGCUUCUCUGGAAGAGGAAAAAUCUCACAGCCGCCAUUUGAAAGAAGAACUUGAAAAUGAGCGGUACAGCAAAAAACAGCUGAGUGACUCUUUGAACGAAGAAAGGAGAAGGAGUCUCAAUUCCAAGGAGAGAGAAACAAAGACCAUAGAGCAACUUCAAUAUGAGCUUGAUCAGGAGCGCGCCCUGCACACAGAGGUGAGGACGAGCUAUGAGAAGGAAAAGCUGUGUGUGGAAAACAUGCGCAGAGACCUUGAGCUGCAGGGUAACGAGGCCCGCAAGCUGGAGAACAAGUACAAGGUGAAGGUGGCGGAACUCAUGACGGCCUUGGAGAUGGAGAAGGCUAGGAAUGAAGAAUAUAACACUGCUCUACAAAGACAGCAAAGUGUCAGCAACCAGUUACAGACUGCACUGAGCGAGGAGCGGAGCAGCCUGAACGAGUCCGCGCUAAGAGAGAGGGCGCUUAUAGCUGACCUGCAGGCCAUGCUGGAGCUGGAGAAAAGUAAAGUUCUGGACAUGCAGGCGGCCCUGGAGAGGGACAGGUAUAAGGUGACCAGUUUGAGUGCGAGCCUGGAGACCACUAAGACGGCAGCUGCAGAGGACAUUGAGAGGGAGAGAUCAGCCAGCAGACAGCUCAGGAAACAGAUAGAUACCCUACAGCUCCAGAAGCAAGACCUUCAGAGACAGCUGGACUUUGAGCGGGAACGUUCCAUCCAGCUCCAGUCUGAACACGACCGUGUCUUGGAGAACCUGCAAGCUGUCAAGGAGAAGGCGAUGAAAAAGGACGAAGAACGAGAUCUGGAAAGACAGCACGAAAGACAGAGACAGAGAGAAAGUGAUAGAGAGAGAGAACAAGACAGGCAAAGACAGCACGAGACAGACGCCGAGGUCCAGCGUCUCCGGAGUCGUGUUAGUGACCUUGAGGGUCAGUUGUCUGAGAGCCAGCGUAUUGAGCUCCAGACUGCCCAGGAAAGAGACCUGCAGAGGUUGAGAGCACUGUCCAGGGCCUCUGAUGACCUGGUAGACCACAUGGACAACUCUGUGGGAGGGGAUGAAAGUACAUCCCUAAGUCCCCGUGGAAGUCCUAAGAAGGAUCAGCUGAACCUGUAUAAGAAACAGCUAGAGAGUCUGCGGCAGAGGGUGCAGCUCCAGGUGAUCAGGCUUAGAGAGGAGGUGGACAAACUGGAACGUGAGAGUCCAGGUGUAGACAGGGGAGGCAGUGUGGAGGCCAUGAAGAGGAGUGCUGCAGAGAUGAUUAAUGAGCUGGGACAGAUACAGACGGCUUUACUGCUAGACUCACAGCCUGGCAGUGUGCCCAUUGGCUCCCCACCAGCCCACAUACUGAAUGAGAGAAUCCUCCGCCAUAACUCUGAACUGACGGCGUUCGUGUCGCGGCUGAGUCAGGAGAAGUCAGAGCUGAGAGACACGCUAGCGAACCUUGAGGAGGAGAUCUGGAGAUAUAGACAGAGAGAGGGGGCAGGUUCACAGGGUGGAGAUCACAGAGAACGAAGGAGUUUGGACUCCGUGGAGAGUAUUCUGGCCACAGAGAGAGCCAAAUGGUCCCGCGAGAAGAGCUCCCUACAGAUGGCGCUGCGUGCUGCAGAGAAGGAUUUGAUACGCAGCAAGUCGGAGGUGAACCAGCUCCAGUUCAGACUGGACAGACUGCAGAGUGGACCAGCUGAAGAUGGUGCCACUGAUCCUGAUGUCAGGGAAAAGAUGCAGCGUCUGUAUGGGAAAUACCUAAGAGCCGAGAGUUUCAGGAAAGCUCUGGUCUACCAGAAGAAGUAUCUGCUGCUGUUGGUGGGUGGGUUCAGAGACUGUGAGGAGGAGACGCUGGCCACAAUAGCCAGGAUGGGCGGUCAUCCUCCUGCCCAGACCACAACGCUGACCCGCUCCCGUCACGGACGAGCCUUGACCAAGUUCAGGAGUGCGGUCAGGCUGGUUAUAGCCGUCUGCAGGUUAAAAUUUUUAGUCAGAAAAUGGAAGCGAGCUACAAAGGUGGGCUCUCCAGUGGUGACAGGAACUAUUCCUAAUGGUAGAGGAUAUAUGCCGACAGCAAACAGCUACACCCCACCCCCUGACUACAGCCCACCCACCUCAAGGUCACACCAAGGUCACAGCCCACCCACCUCAAGGUCGCAUCCAGGGUACACUCAGCCCACCUCCAGGCUGUACACAGGGACCACCCCACCCACCAAGGACUCUAGUCUCAGUCGGUUUUCUCCCGUGUCAGAAUUGAUGACGAGUCCUGGCAGUGCAGGGCCACGCAGGCAAAUCCUGACAGCCCUGGACCCCCCACUGGAGCCCUCCCCCCCUCCCCCACCCACAGCCGAGGCCACGCCCACCUCCUCCCUGCCAGAUGACCUGUCCCUCCAUGAUGACUAUAUCCAGAGACUGGAGAACUUACAACACAGGCUGGCGCGAGGAACUCAGGGAUACAGAAGUUGGAACACAUUCCAGAGGAGGUAACACAUCACCCUCAGUGAUGGACUAGAACCAAAUGAUUCCAGCAAGAGAAAUUCACUGGCAGAACCAGGGAUUUUUAUUAAAGGAGAGGAGCAGGAGACAGUGACAUGGGUUAGAUUAUUUCUGCCAUACCUCAGACCUAUCUAUAGGCAAAAAAAAA